AUGAAUAUAUAUUGGACCGUCCCUACGUUUAGGAUGCUUCUCCGCGAGGCUAUGACAGACCCAUUGCUAAACCGAUACGGCGUCAUAAUCAUCGACGAGGCGCAUGAACGAACGCUGGCGACCGAUGUGCUGUUCGGUCUUCUGAAGGAAGUCCUCACUAAGCGGACCGAUCUCAAGGUUGUGGUCAUGUCAGCCACACUAGAGGCUGAAAAAUUUCAGAAUUAUUUCCUAGAGGCACCCUUAAUGCGAGUGCCGGGACGACUGCACCCUGUGGAAAUUUUUUACACUCAAAACCCUGAACGUGACUACCUCGAAGCUGCGAUUCGCACAGCUGUUCAAAUACAUGUGUGCGAACCUCCAGGUGAUGUGCUGAUCUUCCUCACAGGUGAAGAAGAAAUUGAAGAUGCCUGCAUAAAAGUGAGGCGUGAAAUCGGGAGUAUGGGCGACCGCGUAGGAGUCGUGAAAGUGGUUCCGCUGUAUGCCAGUUUGCCGCCCCAACAGCAACAGCGUAUUUUUGAUGAUGCGCCUCCACCUCGUGACGGCCCAUCGGGUGUUCCAGGCCGGAAAAUUGUCAUCUCUACAAAUAUUGCCGAGACGUCGCUCACUAUUGACGGAAUUGUGUAUGUCAUAGACCCUGGCUUCGCGAAACAGAAGGUCUAUAAUCCGCGAAUCAGGGUCGAAUCUCUUCUUGUAUCACCGAUAAGCCGUGCCUCUGCGCACCAGCGCGCAGGGCGAGCUGGUCGAACGCGUCCUGGGAAAUGUUUCCGUCUUUACACAGAAGGAUCGUUCAAAAAAGAUUUGCAAGAGCAAACCUACCCAGAGAUUCUUCGCUCGAACCUUGGUUCUGUCGUGCUGCAACUCAAGAAGCUUGGCAUAGACGACCUCGUGCACUUUGACUUUAUGGACCCUCCUGCUCCAGAGACCUUGAUGCGUGCACUCGAACUUCUAAACUACCUUGGCGCGUUGGACGACGACGGUAAUCUGACACAGAUCGGAUCAGUCAUGAGUGAUUUCCCUCUUGACCCUCAACUGGCAAAGAUGGUCUGCGCCUCUCCGCAGUUCAGAUGCAGCAACGAAAUUUUUACAAUAACGUCUAUGCUUUCAGUGCCAAAUCCAUUCAUCCGCCCGCGAGAUCAACAGAGCGAGGCCGAUGAAGCAAAGUCCCGAUUUAGUCACAUCGAUGGAGACCAUCUGACACUGCUCAAUGCAUAUCAUGCUUUCAAGCAAAAUAACGAAGAUUCGCAGUGGUGCUAUAAUAAUUACAUAAACUACCGGGCUAUGAAGUCUGCAGACAGCGUUCGAAGUCAACUGGUCCGCAUCGCAUCUCGCUUUAACAUGUCACUCAUGUCUACGGAUUUCACAAGUAGAGACUAUUACUUGAAUAUCCGCAGAGCCAUACUAUCGGGCUACUUCAUGCAGGUGGCACAUCUAGAGCGGCAAGGAUCGUACUUGACCGUCAAAGACAAUCAGAUGGUCUCACUUCACCCUUCGACGUGCUUAGAUCACAAGCCUGAAUGGGUAAUGUACAACGAGUUUGUUUUGACGACAAAAAACUAUAUUCGCAUUUGUACCGAGGCGAAGGGAGAUUGGCUGGUUGAGGUUGCCCCGCACUACUACGACUUGACGAAUUUCCCAGAGUGUGAAGCAAAAAGGGUGUUGGAGCGAAUAUGUGAACGAUCAAAGACCAAUUAUAAAAGGACUUGAGUGACGAUAAAAUGUGUGUCAUAAAUGAAGUUACAGUG